AUGCUUUAUGGUCCUGGCCACUCGAGAGUCCUGUACAAACUAUGUCGACGAACUGUCUGCAGCUUCGCGCCACGGCGCAGCCUCCUUACCCUUGCGAUUGAGUCCUCCUGCGACGACACCUGCGUUGCCAUCCUUUCAAAAUGUACAACGACGAAUGAGCCGCAUCAAGUGAAGGCACGGCUGCUUUUUAAUGAGAAGAUCACCGCCAAAAACACCGGCAAAGGCGGCAUCCUCCCUACAGAGGCGCUAGAGAGUCACCAAGCGAACCUCUCGAAAGUGCUGGAGAAUGCGCUCCCAUCUUUACCGGCCGCCAGCGACUCGCUCCCCAACGCAAAGAAAAUAUGGCUCCGGGAUGGCGCGCCGAAGCGAAAGCCUGACUUCAUAUCGGUGACGAGGGGACCCGGAAUGUCAGCUAAUCUUGGUGUUGGGUUGGCCACGGCCAAGGGCCUUGCGACUGCGUGGCAGAUACCAAUGGUCGGGGUCCACCAUAUGCAAGCCCACGCUCUCACCCCAAGGCUUGUCAAUGCGAUGGCAGAAAAGCAUCGCCCCGUACACGCAGCUCUCAAACCAUCGUUUCCAUUCUUGACACUGUUGGUUAGUGGCGGACACACAAUGCUACUCUACUCAAAAGGUCUGGUAGACCACAAGAUCUUGGCUACAACUACCGACACAGCCAUUGGCGAUGAGUUGGACAAGUGCGGACGCCUCAUCCUCCCUCAAGAACUGCAGCAGAGCACCCCGGAUACCGCGUUCGGAAAGUACCUCUCAACAUACGCCUUCAAGGCCCCGGAAGAGUUCAAGUCCUGGCAUGUGCCUCGAACGCGCGUUGAAGAGGUCAAUCAGCCAACGAACGAGUUCGGAUGGAGGUUGACUACUCCCAUGUCUCAAAACAGAGACCUGGCCUUUAGUUUCUCGGGCAUUGCGAGCCAGAUCAAGAGGCUUAUACUUGCACGUGGAGCCGAAACUGGUCCUAUGGAGGAACAGGAGCGCAUCUUAUUAGCCCAGUCAGCCCUCGGCACAGCGUUCGAACAUCUGGGCUCGCGAACCAUCAUUGCAUUGGAAUCCCUCCGAGCAGAGGGUGUCGAAAUCUCCACGCUCGUGGUGAGUGGAGGCGUUGCGGCCAACGAUUUCCUGCGCCACUAUCUGCGGAGACUUUUGGAUUUGCGUUCUUUUGAGCGGAUGAGCCUGAUCUUUCCACCCGUCGAGCUUUGCACGGACAAUGCUGCUAUGAUUGGUUGGGCGGGUAUGGAGAUGUUCGAGGCUGGGUAUACAACGGACCUUAGCUGUGCCCCGGUGAAGAAAUGGACCAUGGACAGCCAAGGGCGAGAUGGAGGAAUCCUGGGUAUUGGAGGCUGGAUAAAGGCCCCGUAG